ACAAAAGUUUAUGUUGAUUUGUUUUGGGUUGAUGAUGCGAAAUCAUGGAAACAACAGAGAUUCACAUAACUAUAAGUUCCCAAACGUGUCGCGUUUGUCUGGAAACCCACGAGACCACUUUGUGCCUCCACGAUGAGAUCGAGUACAACGACCUGAAUAUGGAACUCUGGGAGCUGUUGGAAUCCGUGUCCAAAGUAAAGUACACCUGGACGGAUCCGAAUCUGCCGAUGCAGCUGUGCCAAAGUUGCACUCGCCGGUUAAUCAGUGCCUACGAAUUCAUUCUUGAUGUAGAGAGUGCACAGAAAACUUUGCAGAAUCUGUAUCUGCAGCAAGUUGAUGCACCCAAACCGGAUGAAGGCCAUGUGGAGGUGGUGCAGCUGGGUGGUCAGCAGGCCGUAGUCGAUAUGGAGGAAAUUCGGUCCGCCUCUUACGAAGAGCAACAGACGGAAGUAAAGGAGGAGUUUGAAGACCUAGACACUUCCGAAAUAUUAAAAUCUGAAACAGAAGAAGAGCCGCUGUAUACAGCACAGCUUCACAAAGAGGAUGCGGAUCAGCCUGCUAAGCUACAGAUAUUGCCAGAGGAGCCAGAGAACCAACAAUUAUCUCAAUCGCGACCUUCCCAGCUAGGCAGCCGUUUGUCCCACUCGGAGAACUUUAUCUACAAAUGUGCCGAGUGUCCACGGGUUUUUGCUAAAACCGAAUCCCUCUCCCGACACUUUUCGCAUGCUCACAGGCUGACAGCAGUCGUUGCCGCCUCGAAGUUGGCCAACGAGAGUAGUGGUACCGGCCUACUGACCUGUGAGCACUGUCCACGCUCUUUCAAGCGGCAGGACACCCUUCGCCGUCACAUGCAGGCGUUUCAUCCCGACGCAACGCCCUUGGAAACCGAUGACGCACCGGAAAAUUCGCCACGAAAACGGAUAGCCAAGCGGAAAGACUGUCCCUACUGCGGCCUCAGCUUUCCUAUGUCUAGCCUCACGAUCCACAUUCGCCGGCACACCGGCGAAAAUCCGUAUAAAUGCAGCCAGUGCGAAAAGGCCUUCCCGCGCAGUCAGGAUCUCAGUUUGCACAUGCGCCAGCACACCGGCGAGCGACCCAGUGAGUGUAAGAUUUGCUCCAAGAAGUUCAUCUCACAAAACAAGCUGGCUCGGCACAUGCAUCUACAUACCGGCCAAAGGCCUUACUCCUGCGACUUGUGUAGCAAGACCUUCGUGCAAUCCAAUGAUCUGAAGAUCCACAUGAGGCGGCACACUGGCGAACGUCCAUAUCAGUGUGGAGUGUGCGGAGACAGCUUCGUUUGCGGCUCGCUCCUGAAUAUCCAUCGGAACCAAAAGGGACAUCAGGAGGCGGUAAACUCAGGCAAUUUAACCGAAGGAGCCUUUGCUGCGGAUCCCUAUGAAAACUCCAGGGUCAACAAGCGACGGGCAGAAGAUAUCGAGCGCAUGCGUCUGCAACGUGACCCCAGCGAUCUACUACAACAGCAACAAGGAAUUCCACCGUCCACUGAGCUGCCUUCAAUGGCCUACAGAUGCGGAGUCUGCGAGCAGAACUUCAAGAGCGGCGCCCUACUGACCAUCCAUCGCAAUAAAAUGAGUCAUUAUGAAGUAGGCAGGGACUACGGAGAUCCCUUUGGUAAAAACAGAAAAAGCUAGGAGCAAAAUAACAAAAAAAAUAGAAAUAAAACUCAAGUGCAAGAUUAACCCGAAUUAGUUAUAAUUUUAUUUUUGCUUUACUCAGUUUUAACAAAGUUUUUAAUGUAGAAAUCCUGGCUUAUGCAAACAUGUGACAAUUAAGGAGAAAUAUUUACUAAGUUAAAAAUUCAAAUGAUUUUUAAGCUAAUAAGGUUAGGUUUAGCUUUUUAAUCCUUUUUUAAAGUAUUUAUAAAAAUUCCGGUUUUAUAGCAAUAAAACACUUCACAUACAUUUAACCAA